AAACUGGAAAGCAUUACACACCCACAGAAGCGCGUCCAUUAUAAUCAACUGCGCUGACUGCUCAUCUCUAUUUCUUACAGAGAGAGUGGACACAAAGCGGCUCUGCUCCAGGACUCAGCGUCCCAGGACUAUGAGAUCGGAUACUUUGGGACAUUUGACUUCUAACGGUAGUUAACGUGAGGCAAACUGACUAGCUAGCUACUUGAUAGCUGCACCAUUAACUGAUAUUAGUUAACAACGUUUUGUCAUGUCUGGUCUCACUGGAUUUCUGAAGCGGCUGUUUCUGUUCUGUGUGCUAGCUUUCUCUGGACUGACACUAGGACAACAACAAGGUCCAGGUGGUGUUAGAGUGGUUGUGAAAGAAGACAGUGAUGUCGUGUUACCCUGUUCUCUCAGCACCAAGGAGAACAUUGUAUCAAAACUGUUUGACUGGAAGAAGGUUCCUCAGAAAGAUGAUGAUAAGGAGGUGUUCAUGUAUGAUGCAGGCAUUCAUUACAACAACGGUCGUCCAGGUCAGAGUGAAGAGUUCAAAGGUCGAGUCUCUCAUUUUAAAGAUCAAUUGAAACACGGCAACGCCUCCAUAAUCAUCAGAAAUACAAAGAUAUCUGACAGUGGAAACUACACCUGUUAUUUUCCCCGUCUUCAUCAAACAUUCAACAUUGAACUUGUUGUUGAUCCUGUGGUCAAAGACCGAUCAGAAGAAAUCCAAGCUGCCUCACCAGAACCGUACAUCAGGACUCUGAAAGCCACAGCUGGCUGGGCCCUGCUGCAGUGUGAAGUCCGAAGGGCGGCUCCAGAACCUAAACUAGAGUGGAAGGACAGUGCUGGAAACACACUUCCUGCUGAGGAACCACAGACCUCAGAAAGAGGAGCCCACUACUAUAUCACUCUGAUCACUACUGUGACAAAGAUGGACAACUACAGCUGUGUAGUAACACAGGAGGAAAUCAGCCAUCAGACUCAGACUGAGAUCUUUGUUCAUAUCAGUGGGAAAGAGUGUGAGGACUUAUCCAGUAAAGUGGCCAUCGGAUGGAUUGGUGGAUUGGUUUCGGGAGCUCUGAUUCUUGCUAUAGUUCUAGCUCUGCUUGAUCGUACAAAGAUCAUCACAAUACGCUGCUAUAAAGGUCCUUGUCAGCACAGAGACUGUCUGCGAAACCAGGGAAAGUGUGAAAGUCCUGAGAAGAGAGAGAGUUUGGUCAGCCUGGAAGAUGAUCCAUGCCCAUAUCAACGGAGAUGUUGUUUGCAUAAACAGGCUUCAGAGCAGCCUUCGUAAGUUGAAACAAGAUUCUACACAGUAGCCAAGGAGGAAACAGAGGAUUAAAAAAACAAAACAUGAUGGACUCUUCAGAAGAUUAUCUUCACUCUAGCUUCUGAAAGUCACCAGACGCCACAAUCUUCUGAACAUAGUCAUACUGAGAAAUCCAGAGAGAGACUUGUGUGGAGCUGAUAGUCUUAAUUAUUUAAUUGUAGCAACUCAUUUGGCAACGGCUUGAAUGUAACAGACAUUCAUUUAUAUCAAAACGUUACGGACUAAAGCUUUAAAUGAGAUAUUUGUCUGUUGUUGGUUGGACCUACAGAGUGAGUUUGACAAUAUAAAUAUUAAAGUAUAAUUUACAAAAAGAAAAAUCAACAACAUACCAAUCUACAUCUUCCUAAAGGACCCACGAGUCGACAACACUGACAGAUCAACAAAGGUUUCACAAAGAUCAUAUUUAUUACAGGGCUUUUAUUUUAUAAUGUCACUGUAGGUCAACAUGAUUGUUCAUCUGUUACAUGAAAAGGUCUAUGUAAAUAUAAUUUAACUGAUAAUAAGAAGAAAAAAAGAAGAAAAAAGAAACGCACCUGAUGACUUAAUUUUUUUUAUAUUAAUCCUCUCAGGUUUUGUUUUGUGAAGCAGUUUGUAACAUCUGUUACAUGAAAAGGUCUAUGUAAAUAUCAUUAUUAUAAAAAAUUGUAAAUCUAGUUAAUAUACAUUUAUGAGAUGUGAAUUGAUCUGAGGAACCGUCUAAUCAAAAUGUCAGAUGAUAGAAGUUAGUUGUAGAUAAUGAUGGUCUGAUGAUUUCAUUGUAAAAAGAUACUAACACUGUUCCGGUUAAAAAUGACCGAUUUACACAUUCCCUGUACCAUAAAUAUGGCAUUUUUCAUCAGAUUGCCUCAGGACCUUAUGAUAUCCUUCACCAAAGGCAUUUGAACACAUAACAUUCAUUGUGACUACUUUCUUUGAAUUUUGAGUGAUUUAUUCAACUUAGUCACACAUCUUUUGUUUACGGUCAAAAAUGACUGCCAUAGGAAAUGAAUGGGAAAGAGCAUAAUUUUCGUCCAGGAGAUAAAAGACAUCUCCAUACACACACUCCUACAGCUUUCCUGUGCUUGUGUACCCAUUCACAGGUGCAAAGCUUCCAUUUGCAAGGGACACUGCACCAUGACUGCAAUUUGCCAUUUGUGCGAGUGAACUGUUCGCAUACAUGCAUGCACGCACACACACAUACACACACACACACACACACAC